AAUGCUUGCUACUUUUUGAAGUUUGGCAUAUAACAUAUAGUAGUUUAACUUGGCAGCAAUGCAAUAAAAAUGGAAAUAGUUUAUGUUUAUACAAAAAAACGCUCAGAAUUUGGAAGGCAGUGUAAUUUUACAGAUCGGCAAGCAGAGCUACAUGUAGAUAUAUUUCCAGAUGAAAAGCUUGCCUGCAAUUAUGUUCACAGAAACCCUUGUCAUGUUGGAAUACAAUGUAUUACUGAAAUGUCUGAGCACGAGGUUAAUACUAAAAGAUUUGAAUCAGAAAGUAGAGGCAUGAAUCAUGUAGAAGGCGGUUGGCCAAAAGAUAUAAAUUCAUCAGAUAUAGAGCAAACAAUGAGAUUUCGAAAAAAGGUGGAAAAAGAUGAACAGUACAUAAAUACACUAACUUCUCUUGGAUCUAUAAUGGAAAGAUGUAUCCAACAAAAUAAUUCAAUAAAUAUUUAUGAAGAAUACUUUGAAAAUAUUGCAUAUGCUUCUUCAGAAGAACCUUCUGCAAAAACCAUAAAUGUCUUUCGAGAUCCAAACAACGUUAAGAGAACAGCAACAAGUAUAUCAUGGUAUCCUGAUUUUUUUUUCAUAUUGUUUAGAGAUCCAAACAAUGUUAAGAGAACAGCAACAAGUAUAUCAUGGUAUCCCGAAGAUGCACAUAAAUUAGCUGUUUCAUAUUCUGUGUUGGAAUUUCAAAAACUAACUACAAAUAUGUGUUUUGACUCUUAUGUUUGGGACAUAGAAAAUCCAAAUAAACCAGAGUACACACUGAAACCAAUUUCACCACUAGUAUGCCUAGAAUAUAAUCCAAAGGAUCCACAUGUUAUAAUUGGUGGAUGCUAUAAUGGGCAACUUGGUUAUUGGGAUACACGUAAAGGUUCUGCACCUUUUGAAGUGACACCUAUUGCUUGCAGUCACCAAGAUCCAAUCUUUGAUGUAAAGUUUGUUCAAUCUAAAACUGGAACUGAAUGUUUCAGCACAAGUACUGAUGGAUAUGUUUAUUGGUGGGAUAUUCGUAAACUGGCUGAACCUGCAGAAAUGCUUUAUUUGGUUAAAAAUUCAAAAGAAAAUAAACCAAUGGGUGGCCUUGUUUUGGACUAUGAACCUACUAUGCCAACCAAAUUUAUGGUAGGAACUGAACAGGGUGCUGCUUUACUUUGUAAUAGGAAAGCUAAAAGUCCUGGUGACAAUAUAGUGGCUUCUUAUAAUCAACAUACUGGACCUAUAUAUGCUCUGCAGCGGAAUCCAUUUUUUCCAAAAUAUUUUUUAACAGCAGGAGAUUGGACAGCAAGGAUAUGGUCUGAAGAAAUUCGUGAAUCCUCAAUCAUGUGGACUAAACAGCAUAUGUCAAGUUUAACAGAUGCAUGUUGGAGUCCUGUUCGACCUGCAGUAUUUUUUGCGACUAAAAUGGAUGGAUCAUUAGAUAUUUGGGAUUAUCUUUUUAAGCAAACCGAUCCAACCCUAUCUAUACAGGUUUGUGAAGAAGCGUUAUAUUCCCUUUGCAUUCACGAUCAGGGAAGGUUUGUAACAGUUGGGUCUCACGAAGGAACGACUACUUUACUAGAACUUUCUGAAAGUCUCUAUACUUUGCUACGUCAUGAAAAAAAUGCUAUGGGAGCAAUGUUUGAGCGUGAAACAAAGCGUGAAAAAAUACUAGAAACACGUCAUAAAGAAAUGAGACUAAAGGAGAGAUCUCGUUCACAGCAAGAAAAAGAACGCGAGGAAAGUACUGAAAGUAAAGAUACCGAAGACUUAAUACUUCGCAUGGAGCAUGAUUACUUUGCAUCAAUCAAUGGAGACAUAAAAGAUCGUGAAACAAAGAAUGCCCAUUUAUAUCAAAUGUUUGAUGAAGCUUUGGAAACAAUUAAGGAAGAUCGGCUUUACUUCAUCGAUGAUAAAGACAAUAGUUUUAAAUAAUGUAAAUAAAGAUAUGUAGAAAUUUUAUGUCGCUAUUUUUUUAUUAUAAUGUUAUAUUUUUAUAGAUUAAAAUUGAGACUUUUAUUUA